GUUUGGUCUAACUAACACUUUUUAUUUUUAUACAAAUUCUAGAAAAUUACUUACAAAGUUAGACAGCUCCCAAAUUUGUCCCAAAUUUGUCAAGACAAGCAUCGGAGAUUUAUGGUCCAAAUGCAGAGAAUAUAGUCUGUUAAAUGAUCGGCUGCAAGAAAUUAUCGUGUAUCAGUAAACAGAAUAAAAGUAAUGAUGGCAUUUCCACGAGCCAUCCGCAAAAAUCGGCAGCACCUGUGCCCUCGACGUCCUUACUAAUAGCUGGUAUUCCUGGAACUUCCUCAAAUGGGACACCAAGAAUCGAAACUAGUCCAGGAGCGAUAACUCCACCUGUUGAUCCAUACCGUGCAAUAAAACGAAGAUUAUCAUCCGCGUUGAAGAGUGCCAAUGAGCUAUGGAAGAAGACUCAAGAUCCUUACAACUGGCAGUUAAUAAAAAGUAUCACCAUGUUCACAUUGGGCCUCAAACUGUUCAACGACCUUCACCGGCACAUGACCAACGAAUCUACAAAUUGUGUUAAAUAAAAACCUACGAGUAAAUCACA